GAACAUGGCGAUCUGUAUGGGAGAAAUGUUCAGACUGAAACAUCUGUAAUCAGAGACGCUGCUGUCACGUAUAAGCAGGGGGCGUGGUCGCGUGACGUGCCCGUGUUUGUGUCAAACAGCAGCUGGGCUCUACAGUAACCUUCUAGCUCUACCCUGGGCUUUUAAACGUGUGUUGUAGAGCCACCCCUGCCUGGGUGCCAUGGUCCUCUGUUACACAUGAGCUCUACUAUGUGGUACAUCAUGCAGAGCAUUCAGAGUAAAUACUCCUUGUCCGAGCGGCUCAUCCGCACAAUCGCAGCCAUCCGCUCUUUUCCACACGAUAACGUGGAGGAUCUGAUUCGUAAAGGAGCUGACGUGAACCGGAUGCAUGGAACCCUAAAACCUCUGCACUGUGCCUGUAUGGUAGCUGAUGCUGACUGUGUGGAGUUGUUGCUAGAGAAAGGAGCAGAGGUGAAUGCAUUGGAUGGUUACAACCGCACGGCGCUGCACUACGCUGCAGAGAAGGAUGAGAGCUGCGUGGAGCUGCUGUUAGAGUAUGGGGCCCAGCCAAACGCACUGGACGGCAACAAGGACACUCCGCUCCACUGGGCUGCCUUUAAAGACAACCCGGAGUGCGUUAGGGCCCUGCUGGAGAGCGGGGCCUGCCCCAAUGCCCGGGACUACAACAAUGAUACCCCUUUGAGCUGGGCAGCGAUGAAGGGCAACCUGGAGAGUGUCAAAGUUCUAUUAGACUACGGAGCCCAGGUCCAUGUGACCAACCUGAAGGGUCAGACCCCUAUAUCCCGGCUGGUGGCUCUAUUGGCCCGAGGCCUGGGCACCGAACAGGAGGAAGAGUGCCUGGAGCUGCUUUGCCGAGCAGCGGGGCGCUUUGAGAUCAGACGUGCCGAUGGCACUCUUCCCAAGGAGCUGAGCAAAGACCCCCAGCUGCUGGCCAGGCUGACUAACAUGGUGGCACAGGCUCCGACGCUGCGCUCUCUAGCACGCUGCACCAUACGCCAGAGUCUGGGAGUGCAGUUCCUUCCUACUGCAGUGAAAGAGCUUCCUCUACCUGAAACAGUUAAAGAAUAUCUACUACUGAGAGACUGAUGACGGCGGCAGAACCUGCUGGCUGAUGAUUAAACAGCUCGUCACACUGCAUUUGUUGGCAAGUCGAUACAGAUGCGUGUGUAUUUUUUUUUUUCUUUUUUACACAACAUCUGGAUGAGGAGUGAAUUAAGUGCAGACUAUUAGAAUUAAUCAGCAUUCUGUGAAUGAGCAAGGCAGGACUUGCGCAUUUCCAACUCAACAGCUGUUGGUUAUUUUCAGUUAAGUCUGCUUGCAAAAGUAGAAAAGAAACAACCUCAAGCUAAACAAGAGAUUUGCUCGACUUCAUUGUGAGAAUAAACUAAGUUUAGACAAGAUGUUUAAUCAUUUAAUUGCUUCAGAUAUAUCCAAAAAACUAUUUGUUGGAAUAUUUUAGUAUGCUUAUUAUAACUAAUUUUUGCUUCAUUAGGUUUGUGAAAGAAACUGUUGGACUCUGAUAGAAGAUGGCUUGUUAAAAAAUAAAAUAAUAUAUUGGGUAAGACUUUUAACGUGAGGGAGCAUUUGUCAGAUGGUUCAUGUAGAGCACCUGGAAGAAGAAUUCAUAAAUCUGUUUUUUUUUUUUUUUUUUUUUUUUUUACAUUUUCCCACAUCAGAACUGCAAACUAUAAUUUUUUUUAAAUGAUAAAAAUCUACAUAACAAAGGCCUUUUCUCGCAUAAAACAUUCAGUCACACCUCAUGAUUUUUUUAUUUAAAAUAAUGCUCAAAAGUUCUCAGCCCGUUAGAAAAAGAGCUGCUCUGCUGGCGUCUACUGUCAAUCUCUCACCAUAAAUUCUCAGUGGGAUUUACGUGAGGACUUUGACUAGACCAUUUUAGCUUCUGAGUAUUUUACUGAGUCUUUGUGGCUCUGGCUUUAUUAUUUAGGUGUGAAAUUAAAAGUAAAAGUUAAAUGUCCUAUGUGACUGUGACAUCUGUACUUUAAUUUUUUUUUAAACAAUUGUGGCUCAGACUACAUCUUUUCCCUGCUAAAGAGAGGCCUCUCUGCAGCAUGAUACUGCCACCGCCAUGUUUUAUUGUUUGUAUGAUAUGGUAAGGCUGAUUGUACUCAAUAGCGUUCAUAUUUUUUCUGAAGACAUACACUGAUGCAAAUUUCUAAAUUACUGUUUACAGUUAUCCUCUGCUUUGUUUUGAUGCGUCACAAAGUCCUAGCAAAAUGCACUCAAGUUUGUGGUUGUAAUGUGUCAAAAUGUGGAAAAGUUCUAGGGCAAUUAAGUUUUUGCAAGGUAAUGUGAUAAAAUAAUGUGUAUGAUAGUUUAGGAGAGCGAUCUGUCGGUGAUAUUUGCUAAGGAUAUUGUAUUUAACACACCUGUUUUAAGCAGUAAAUGAUUGUGCCAGAUGGGAACAAUUGUAUUUAUGUAGAAGCAGCAGAGUCGUGCUGAUUGUUAGUAUCAGUUUCAUUUAAGGUGCCAGGUAGUCAAUGCAAAUGCAAAAUCACCAUGUCCACUCUCAUUAGUUGCUGUUUAUUUUGGCUUUAUUAUUCUUUUUUUUUUUUUUUUUACAAUGGAGGUUAAACUUGCAAAACGUCCUGUUUUCAAGGGUGCUCACUGGUUCCGAAACUAAAGUCACUUUGUUUUAAAUUCUGUGUUUAAAGUGUUAAUGAUAAAAGAAAAUAAAAAAAAUGGCAUGAUGAGUAAGUUUUGUCUUUUUGUAAAACCACUAAAUAUGCUGGCAACAGCCUUGUUGGGGGUCUAACAUCUGACCAUUUUGUAUCCUAAUUUUGUUUGCCUGUUCUGUAAGUAUAUGUAAAUUAACCCUGAGAUCAUGUAUUGUGUAUGCCUGCAAAGGUGCUUCUUUUCUUUGUUUGUAUAAUGCAAAUAAAUGUCUUUAUUUGCCUGUCAA